GCUUGUGGGGGCGCCUCGGAGGCGAAGGCAGGCCGGGGAUGUCGGCGGCGGAGCGGGGAGGCGCCUGGGAAGGGGCCCAGCAGCGAGGAGGAGGAGAGGCCCAGGCCCCGCCACACCACACGGGGCUCCUCUACCGCUUCGCCAGGCUUCCUCCGGGACCAGGCCGCGCCGGCCAUAGAAUCCCUCCAGCCAGAAGCGGCCACCGAUGUGUAGCAGACAAUGCCAAUUUGUACGUGUUUGGAGGAUACAAUCCCGACUAUGAUGAGUCUGGAGGGCCAGAGAAUGAAGACUACCCACUCUUCAGAGAGCUCUGGCGAUACAACUUUGCUACUGGCAUCUGGCAUCAAAUGGGCACAGAGGGCUACAUGCCUCGAGAGUUGGCCUCCAUGUCACUUGUGCUGCAUGGGAAUAACCUCUUGGUCUUUGGCGGUACCGGAAUCCCAUUUGGUGAGAGCAACGGCAAUGAAGUCCAUGUCUGCAAUGUGAAAUACAAGCGCUGGGCCCUGUUCAGUUGCCGAGGGAAGAAACCAAACCGCAUCUACGGACAGGCAAUGGCAAUCAUUAACGGAUCCUUGUAUGUAUUUGGAGGAACCACCGGCUACAUUUACAGCACAGACCUACACAAGCUGGACUUGAAUACCCGGGAAUGGACCCAACUGAAGCCAAACAAUAUGCACUGUGACAUGCCAGAGGAAAGAUACAGACAUGAAAUUGCACAUGAUGGACAGAGGAUUUACAUCUUGGGUGGCGGAACAUCUUGGACAGCCUAUUCCUUGGACAAGAUUCAUGCCUACAACCUUGAAACAAACACAUGGGAGGAAAUCGCAACAAAGCCUUACAAGAAAAAAGACUUUCCAGCGGCCAGGAGAUGUCACAGUUGUGUACAGAUAAAAAGUGAUGUCUUUGUCUGCGGAGGAUACAAUGGAGAAGUGAUCCUGGGAGACGUCUGGAAGCUGAGUCUGCAAACUUUCCAGUGGGUGAAACUCCCGGCUGUUAUGCCCGAACCUGUCUAUUUCCACUGUGCAGCUGUGACUCCGGCCGGCUGCAUGUACGUCCACGGCGGGGUGGUGGACAUCCACCGGAACAGACGGACUGGCUCUCUCUUUAAGAUGUGGCUGGUUGUGCCCAGCCUCCUCGAACUCUCUUGGGAGAAGCUUCUGGGUUUUUUCCCUCACUUGGUGAGGCUCCCCAGAUCGCAGCUUUUGCACCUUGGACUCACACAGGGACUCAUCGAGCGCUUGAAAUGAGAACCUCCUCCGGCCCUCGCUGGGCUCGCUCAUGACCGUAAUUUAAGAAGUGACUCCUCUUUUGCCCUUUCUUUCGCCUUCUCUCUCUCUCUCUCUCUCAACCCUCUCCCCUCUCUCUAUUUAUGAGUUCUGCAGAAGAGGAGGAGGAGGAGGAGGAGGACGCUGCUGCUAAGGAGAUGGAAAGCUCUGCUCCAAAGCCUUACUCGGCACACUACAUCCGGAUGCCUUUCUUGUGGAUUUUUUUAAUUUUAAAAUUUAUAGAAGUCUGCUUCUUUUCUUUUUUUUAAUUUAUGGAUAUCUAUAAAUGCACCAUGAACUAAAAGAUACUGUUGCUGAACUAAUUUGGACUGCUUCCUGCUGCAUGCUCAUAGUCUCGGAAGGAAGAGAGGUCAUCCGAGGACCUGACUUCCGUUGCCUUCUCCUUGGUGUUGUUUUGUAAGAUCCAUUUAAGUGGCUGGAGCCUGUCCUGGCUUUCAUCCACAGCAUUUACUGGUUCGCGACCUCUUUACAAAAGGGAGCAAAGGGCACCUUCUGUCGGCCUUUCUCCGGCGGAGGCUUGAGCGAGGCACAGUUGGCGCAGUGUGUUGCGGCUUUCUCAAACCCUGUUCUCAUUUUCUUGCCUUUUCAUAUUGAAACGCCCUGCCGAAGGGUAAUUUGCAGCUGCUGUCUGUAAAUUAUAGUAUUACUCUCUUAUCUGGCAUUGAAGGAUAGGACCUGUUUCUAUUUUUUGUUCAGAGAAAGAAAACAAGGAGUUAAAGUGUG